AUGCAUUCUUCUACUUAUACACUUCAUCUCUAUUUCAUUUCACGUGCAAAGAACUGUCCAAAUUGUGUCUUCUUCACCUCAACUCAACUCAAAACCCCUUUUUAUAACCUCAAAAUCACUCACUCCUCAGUCCUCAACAACACACAAUUAACUUCGCUUAUUUUCAUCAUCAUCAUCACCAUCUUCUUCUUGUUCUUGUUCUUGUUCUACGCAUGUGUUUACCAGAAGAAGAAAGAGAAAGAGAGAAAGCCAUGGCACUAGAACCAACUCUACUAUAUCAACAUCAACAACAAGACCCUUUUACCUACGGAUUCAACAAAGACCUCUACAACUACAACUUGUUAACAGAUUUUGAAGCUAAUAGCUUUGACUACAGUACUUCUAACUUCAACCUUCAAAAUGAUCAACAACAACAAGGUUCUGUUUCCACUUUUAUCAAUAACCAAACAGAGAGUUACCCUUUUCAAACUAACAACUGUUCCUCAUCAGAACAACCACCAUUAUUGUUGCCACAAAUGGAUGAAGUAGAAGCACUUCAUGUUACAAAUCCAUGUUUAGAAGAUAGCUCAAUUUCAACUCGUUGUCGUCCUAAGAAACGCAGAGUCAAAACAAGUAAGAAUAAGGAAGAAAUUGAGAACCAGAGAAUGACUCACAUUGCUGUAGAACGUAACAGAAGAAAACAAAUGAAUCAGUAUCUCUCUGUUCUUCGUUCUCUCAUGCCUGAAUCUUACGUCCAAAGGGGUGAUCAAGCAUCAAUUAUUGGGGGUGCUAUAAACUUUGUUAAGAAGCUUGAACAAAGAUUACAAUUUCUUGGUGUUCAGAAACAAAAAGAGGAAAAAAUUGAUACUAUUGUUGCAAAUAAAAACAAGCCCUUUUCUGAAUUUUUCACUUUUCCACAAUACUCAACAAAUGCUAUAGUGUGUGAAAAUUCUGAAGCAAAUAAUGGUGAGAUUGAGAAAAUGGGUGAAGUUCAAACUAGCAAUAUUGCUGAUGUUGAAGUAACAAUGGUUGAAAGCCAUGCAAAUCUCAAAAUAAGAUCAAAGAAAAGACCAAAACAGCUCUUGAAAAUGGUUUCUAGUUUGCAUGGAAUGUGUUUAACAAUCUUGCAUCUUAAUGUCACUACAACUGAUGAAUUUGUCUUCUAUUCUCUCAGUGUUAAGGUGGAAGAUAAUUGCAAGCUUGGAUCAGUGGAUGAGAUAGCUGCAGCUGUAUACCAAAUGUUGGAAAGGAUUCACCAAGAGACAUUAUCAAUAUUAAAUUAAGAUCUAAACCUACUUAAGCUAAUUUUUUGCCUUUUUAAACCUUAAGAUCUCUUGAUUAUGGUGAAUAUUAAUUUUCUCUCUUUGCUCUUUCAAGAUUUAUCUAAUUAUUGCAAAGGCUGUUUAAUACUUUA